AUGGGGUAUAAGUUGAAGUUAUGGUGCAAACGAAGAUACAGCGACCUUGUAACUCGAUCAAGAAACGCAGGAAUUCUUUUAAUUUAUUACACAAAUCUUUGGAGAUACAACUCACAGAAGGCUUUAGAAGCCUUUCUCCAUGGGCGACCACAGCAACGAGCGCCAGUACCUUUUAUGAUCACCAGAAAGAUGAGGAAAUCACUUGCAUCACUGGGUUACACUGAGCAAGACAUUGAUAGAAUGACUCCCAGCGAAGCCAGUGAUAAAGUUAGCUGUGGUGUACAAAACUCAUCACAAGCAUCAGGGACGAAGCAAGUUAAAACAGAGGACCAAUCAAGAGAUGUUAAAUGACAUAUCAUCUCGGCGAAGUCCUGGUUUAAGUUAUUCAGAGGAUCACAUCAGAUGUUACUUCAAAUAAGUUACCUGAAUAGCUUCAAGUAACUAUUUCGUCCAAGUUGUUACCCUCGUCUUAGUUUUGGAAUAUCGAGAAAUUCAAAGUAAAAGUUGGUGAAAUUUCCGUGACUAGGAACCACUCUGGGCUGUGGAAAAAGAGAAAGUGAAUUAGAAUUUGGAACUGAAUUUUUCAAUUUCUCUCAUGUUAAUCUAAGAAAGAACACUUUGAACUUAAGCCAAAAGCCCUGUGAUCAUCAGCUUGAUUAAAAGUUCAUAUCAAGGUAGGUCAUCGUCACUGAGGUUUGAAACGAACUUGAGUAAAAUUUACAGAACUGCCAUCAGCUUUGACAACGGGGCUUCAGUAAUAUAGAGAAACACAAAGAGACCAUAUUGAUCCAAGAUGUGGAGAAAAGUAGAUAGACUGAGUAUCGGCUUGCAGUUGACGAAUAUGCGCACAAGGAUUCCCGCCAAUGAGUACUCGAGGUAAACGCAGAUAGAUACGAUUUGAUUAGUUGAAAGAACAGUGCGAGUUUUCGAGACAAAUCAUAGAACUUUCCGAAAAUAUUCUUUGCAUUCUCGACGAUCGUGGUUCGCACCAAGAAAAGGGUUGUACAUUCUUCAAUUUCCUCUGCGUGCGAUUGUAAAAUCCCUCUCUGGAGCGAGAGAACGAAUUUCGAAAAUCUGUCAAUUGGCGAUCCAAUUUAUACAAUGCUUCUAAUGUAUGAGUGUGAGAGAUGAUUACAAUUUCGAAUAUGAGCUUGUAUAAGGGAA